UAAAUAGUAUACCAGCUCAGAUAAGUUCUAUGAAGAAAACUAAAGUUUGAGGGAAAGAGAGUGAUGGGAUGAUCUCCUAGGUAGGGGACAAGUUACUUUAGUCAAGAACUAAGGGAAGUGGGUGUUAAGCCGUUCCUGGCAUCUGGUGAUGCUGGUGGGGGAGGGGAACUGUUUCCAGGGAGGGAGAAUAAGUGCAAAGGACCUGAGGUCGGAAUUCCAUUAGCAUAUUUAGCACAGAGGGAAAAGUUUCCUCUGAAGGAGCACAAGAGAGGGCAGACUUAUCAAUACUGUGAUGGGGUAGGGACAAGAUCCAGUGAGAACUUGAGAAAGGAGGAUACUCACCUCAAAGGUGGGCAUUGUGGGAGAAGCUUUCCCAGCAGAGAGAGUAGCACAGUCGAAGGCAGGGAAGCCUGAAAGAAUCUGACAAGUCUGGUUAACUGCAAACAGUCCCAUACAGUUGGAGCUUAUGGUACAUGUUGAUGACAGGCUGGAGAUGGCUUUGGAAAGCUAAGUGGGGGCAUUUCAGAGGGCCUUGAAGGAUGUGUUAAGGUGUGUGGACUUCAUUCAGGAAGCUGUGGUGAGCCAUGGAAGUACUUAGGCAAAGAAAUUAUGUGAGAGAAUGUACUAAGUGGCCAGUGUAGAAGUUUUCUGAUCUGCUGAAGGAAAACCUGUGACAUCCAGUAUUCAUAGUAGGUCUCAUUUUAUAUACCACCCCUUCCAGGAAGUCUUCCCUGAUUUUCCAAGAUUGUUAGGACCCUUUCUUUUGAGCUUCUCUAGAACAGUGUACUUUUUUGAACUGUAGCAGGCUGUAGGUCAUUUUGCAAUGGCCUGUUGGCAUGUCUGUUUCUUUUGCAGACUCUUCAGUUGCAUGAGGGACCGUGUCUUACCGUUGGCAUGUCUGUAUCUUUUCCAGGCUCUUCAUUUGCUCGAGGGACCAUGUCUUAUUUACAUUGUAUUCUUGGGCAGUCACAGUAUCUUCCUGAUGACCGUGGUACAAUCAAUGACAUCUCUGUGCUGAGAGUGACUCGCCGGGGCACCCAGGCUGAUCAUUUCACCCAGACACCCCUGACCCCUGGGACUGAGGUUCAAGUCCGGGUGGACUGGGAGCGGAGGUUUGACCACAUGCAGCAGCAUUCAGGGCAGCAUCUCAUCACUGCAGUUGCUGAUGAUCUUUUUGGGCUGAAGACAACAUCAUGGGAGUUGGGGCGACUCCGGAGUGUCAUUGAGCUGGACAGCCCCUCUGUGACCGCAGAGCAAGUAGCUGCCAUCGAACAGAGUGUCAAUGAAAAAAUCCGAGAUCGGCUGCCAGUAAACGUGCGAGAACUGAGCCUGGAUGAUCCAGAGGUGGAGCAGGUGAGGGGCCGGGGUUUGCCGGAUGAUCACGCUGGGCCUAUUCGAGUUGUUACCAUCAAGAGCGUCGAUUCCAACAUGUGUUGCGGGACUCAUGUGAGCAAUCUCAGUGACCUUCAGGUCAUUAAAAUUCUGGGCACUGAGAAAGGGAAAAAGAACAAAACCAACCUGAUCUUCCUGGCUGGGAACCGGGUGCUGAAGUGGAUGGAGAGGAGUCAUGGCACUGAGAAGGCGCUCACAGCUCUGCUGAAGUGUGGAGCAGAGGACCACGUGGAAGCAGUGAAGAAGCUGCAGAAUUCCAGCAAGCUCCUGCAGAAGAACAACCUGAAUCUGCUCAGAGACCUGGCUGUGCACAUUGCCCACAGCCUUAGGAACAGCCCGGACUGUGGAGGUGUGAUCACAUUACACAGGAAGGAUGGCGAUUCUGAGUUCAUGAAUAUCAUCGCCAAUGAGAUUGGGCCAGAGGAGACCCUCCUCUUCUUAACUGUGGGCGAUGAGAAAGGUGCUGGACUCUUCUUACUGGCAGGACCAGCUGAGGCCGUGGAGACCCUGGGGCCUAGGGUAGCUGAGGUGCUGGAAGGCAAGGGCGCUGGGAAGAAAGGCCGCUUUCAGGGCAAGGCCACCAAGAUGAGCCGGCGGGCAGAGGUGCAGGCGCUUCUCCAGGACUACAUCAGCACGCAGAGCGCAGAGGAGUGAGGACUCGGGUGCCCCGCUGGUCCUCCGUUGACAGCGGGCCUCCUGAGACCACAGAAGGAGUCUCUUGGACAAUAAAAUAGUUUGACUUGAAAUGAUUGUGGUACCAUGUAUAUUUAUAUGACAAGUGACGAAUUUAUGCAGUGUAUUCCAGUGUGCUUAUGUAGUCAGCAUCUUUGUGAAUAAACAGCUUGCUUUCUUUUUUUUUAAAAUUUUA